AUGGCUAACAAAAAUGAUGUUCCUCCUGGGUUCAACAAUGGCUGGAAACAGAGUAGUUCCACAGAAUCAGCAGAAUCCACGAGCAUCAUUCAGCUCUUAGAGGCUCGCUGCCAGUUCUAUGGGCUACCCAUUAAAGAUCCGAAUGCGCACCUCGUGAACUUUCUAGAAGUGUGUAGUACAUUCAAGCUCUGUAACAUGACUGAGGAUGAAGUGUUGCUGCGGUUAUUCCCGUUUUCUCUGAGGGAUAGAGCGAAAUUUGGCAAAAGAUUUCAUGAGCAAGUACUGUUUUAUGGAAAGACUGCAAAGUUGACAAGGGAUAUUAUGCUCUAUCAGCAAAAUGAUGGAGAAUCGGUACAUGAAGCAUGGGGGCGAUACAAGGAGAUGCAGAGGAAAGUUCCUCAUCAUCAUAUCACUAGAGAGAAUCUGAUUCAAAAUUUAUACAAUGGAUCAACUGAGUUGGGCAGAAGCAAUAUAGAUGCAGUUGCAGGAGGGUCACUAAUGAGGAAGAGGACCGAUGCAGCAUUUUCUCUAUUAGAUGAGAUGGCUAUAAAUGGAUGUACUUGGCCGACGGAGAGGGUGAAAGUACUUGCGCAUAAAGGAGUAAUGGAAGUCAGUAUAGAUCCAGCUAUGGAGAGUCUGAAAGUGAAGAAUGCCUCACUGCAAGUUCAGGUUGACAUUCUUAAGAGGCAAGUUGCAGGGAUGAAUAUGGGCAAUGUUGCUGUAGUGCAGAGUAGCUAUGAAGUAUGUGGAGAUUCGAACCAUGCGACAAAUGACUACUAUGUGAUGGGGCAGACCUUCAAUGAGCAGGUCAAUUUUGUGGGAGGCCAGAGGCCAGUCAAUGUCCCAUAUGCCGUUACUUACAAUCCGGGAUGGAGGAAUUACCCAAAUUUCUCAUGA